AGCUCGUACAGUUUUUCAAUGGCUCAUACAUAUAUUUCAAUCCCAAUAACCUUUUUUUAUUAUGGAUUCAGGUGAAGGAAUCAUUACUUAAUGUUCAACUUUGUGAUGCACAUUCCAAAGGAUGCAAUAUAUCCGAUGGAACAACUAGCCGUGGUUUCAUCCAAUUUCCCAGAAAUAGCACUGAGCAGAUGUACAUGCAAGUAUUCUCCCAGUACAAAGAUAUCAAAGUCUUGCACUUUUCAUCCAUGGCGAAUGCCUUCCAAGGGUUCAAUGAUGAGGCAAGAGAAGUAAAAUUUAGAAAUCGCAUGAAGAGAUACGUCGGAAUGUGGUGUUGCGUGGAGAACCGUGACCCUGGCCACAUAUACUAUGACAUAUACUGGGAUGAGAAACCAGAAUGGAAACCUGAACCACCACGAACUAGUCAAGAUGAUCAUCCACCUUGGGAUUGAACAUUAUAUUUGUUUGUCAUGAAAGAUCAUC